AUGAUGUGGUGUAUCCGCCGGGUAUGCGCCGGCGCCGGAGCUCCGGACCGACCUAUUAGGAUCCGGAGACAUCCGCAAGCGUCGGAGAUCCCGCGUCUCGGCAGAAAAUUCCUCCGGAAUCAACGGCCAGAAAUCGUCCUCCGGACGACACCGUCUAAGCAUUUGCGGAAGGUGGUGUGGGCGGUGGAGGCGGCGGGACCCGGAGGAGCGUGGGAUCGAUCGGACGGGGGAGAUGGAACGGAGAGCUCGAAGGCGGGGCUGUGCUCGUACGCGGUGGGGGAGUAUCGGACGGUGGAGCAGGAAGGUGCGAGGAGUCAGGAUCGGAGAGUGGACGUGGCGGUUGCAGCGGCGGUUACGGUGGUUCUGGGUGUAGGCAAUCGGGUGCUCUAUAAGCUGGCCUUGGUUCCGCUCAAGCACUACCCUUUCUUUCUCGCUCAGCUCGCAACUUUCGGGUACUACCGCCUCUCUGUCUAA